UCUCCUGUUUGCCUCGGAGUCCGGCCGGAACCGGCUUCUGCUUGCGGCCGGGCGGGCGGGUGCCUACUGAUUGGCCAACGCCUGUUUCAGCUCACUCAGCCAAUCAGCGCGCAGCCGUGUUUUCGUCUCGGGGUCCUAAUAAAAGGGCUGUAAUAAAAGAGGACAGAAAAGGCGCCGGCCGGGCCCGACAUACGUCAGUAGGAACCGGGUGGCUGCAGAGCCGGAGCCGGGCCACCUCGCCGCGUCAUGGCGCCCACCCUGGCCACUGCCCAUCGGCGCCGCUGGUGGAUGGCCUGCACCGCGGUUUUGGAAAACCUCCUCUUCUCGGCAGUCCUCCUGGGCUGGGGCUCGCUGCUCAUCAUGCUCAAGUCGGAGGGCUUUUACUCCUACCUGUGCACGGAGCCAGAGAAUGUCACCAACGGCACAGCGGGUGAAUCAGAGCAGGAGGAGGAGGUGAGCUGGAUGAAUGGUUGGCUCAGCUGUAAGGCCCAAGAUGAGAUGCUAAACUUGGCCUUCACCGUGGGCUCCUUCCUGCUCAGUGCCAUCACCCUGCCCCUGGGCAUCGUCAUGGACAAGUACGGCCCAAGGAAGCUCAGGCUGCUAGGCAGUGCCUGCUUUGCUGUCUCCUGCUUGCUGAUUGCAUAUGGAGCAAGUAACCCAAAUUCUCUCUCUGUGCUCAUCUUCAUCGCCCUGUCUCUGAAUGGCUUUGGCGGGAUGUGCAUGACCUUCACCUCAUUAACACUGCCCAACAUGUUUGGUGACCUUCGGUCCACGUUUAUUGCCUUGAUGAUUGGAUCCUAUGCCUCCUCAGCAGUCACCUUCCCAGGAAUCAAGGUCAUCUACGACUUUGGUGUCUCCUUCGUCAUCAUCCUCGUGGUCUGGGCCGGCUGCUCCGGGCUGGUUUUCCUCAACUGCUUCUUUAACUGGCCUCUGGAGCCCUUCCCAGGGCCAGAGGACAUGGACUACUCGGUGAAGAUCAAGUUCAGUUGGCUGGGCUUUGACCACAAGAUCACAGGGAAGCAGUUCUACAAGCAGGUGACCACAGUGGGGCGCCGCCUCAGCGUGGGCAGCUCCAUGCGGAGCAACAAGGAGCAGGCGGCGCUGCAGGAGGGCCACAAGCUCUGCCUGUCCACCGUCGACCUGGAGGUGAAGUGCAAGCCAGAUGCCGCAGCGGCCCCCUCCUUCAUGCAAAGCAUAUUCAGCCCCAUCCUGCUGCUCAGCCUCGUCACCAUGUGCGUCACGCAGCUGCGGCUCAUCUUCUACAUGGGCGCCAUGAACAGCAUCCUCAAGUUCCUGGUCAGCGGUGACCAGGACAAAGUUAGCCUCUACACCUCCAUUUUCGGUGUGCUCCAGUUGCUCUGCCUGCUCACGGCCCCCAUCAUUGGCUACAUCAUGGACUGGAGGAUGAAGGAAUGUGAAGAUGCCACUGAGGAGCCUGAGGAGAAAGACGCCAACCAAGGCGAGAAGAAGAAGAAGCGGGACCGGCAGAUCCAGAAGGUCACCAACGCCAUGCGGGCCUUUGCCUUCACAAACGUGCUGCUUGUGGGCUUUGGGGUGACGUGUCUCAUUCCCAACCUGCCUCUACAGAUCCUCUCCUUCAUCCUGCACACAAUUGUGCGUGGAUUCAUCCACUCUUCCAUUGGGGGCCUGUACGCCGCCGUGUACCCCUCCACCCAGUUCGGCAGCCUCACAGGACUGCAGUCUCUGGUCAGUGCGCUCUUCGCUCUCCUGCAGCAGCCCCUGUUUCUGGCCAUGAUGGGUCCCCUCCAAGGAGACCCUCUGUGGGUGAACGUGGGGCUGCUGGUCAUGAGCCUGCUGGGGUUCUGCCUCCCCCUCUACCUCAUCUGCUACCGGCGCCAGCUGGAGAGGCAGCUGCAGCAGAAGAGGGAAGAUGACAAGCUUUUCCUCAAGCUCAACGGCUCCUCCAACCAGGAGGCUUUCGUGUAGUGCCCACCACCUCAGAACUGUGGCCUCCUGCCCUUGCUUCAGUGACUCAUCAGUGUCCUCCCCACCCCAGAGGACCACGCACCCCCAGGAGCCUCUCCUCCACCGUGCCGGAGUCCGUGCGCCCUCCCGGGUCCUGGUCCUGCCUUGGAGCUCUGCUGUGGAAGGACAGGGGAGGGCCUGAGCGUGGGGUUUUCCUGCUGCUGGAAGAGGGCUGCCCUGGGCUUUGCUCUGCCACCUUUGAGGGGCCCUGGAGCCUUGAGGCUCCCUGGUACCUGCAGGAGGAGCCAGGAGGACCCCUGACAGUCAGGCUCUCUCCCUCCAGUAUCUGGAUUCUGCCUCUUGCCAAAGCAGAGGGACCUGCCACUCACUGCCUACCACCUGCCUCUCGGCUGCAUGCCCACCCACCGCCCACCCACCGCGCCUGCCUGAGGACAAAGGCCUGCGCUGUCUGCACCCCCCUCGCCGUCCCCUCAUCUCCACCCCUGGUCCGGCUGAGGCUGCCUGAGGAAGGAAGGACCCGCUUCCUGUUGUUGGUGCUAACUCCUUUGUGAUUCCAGCCCCCUGUGGCCAGGCCGUGGCCUGUCCUCCCGUGUGAGGCCUGUGGAGAAGCCCCCCCUGGCUGAACGCCUGGGGAGGGAUGGGGGGCCACACUGGGCUCAGGAACCAGGGACAAAGGACCUCGGGAUCUAAGUGGAGAGCAAGUUUGUGCUGCCGCCUGUCAUCCAGUUUGUGACCUGAAGGGAAUUAAAGGGGCACCAACACAGCUAUUGUUGUGGGGGUGGAAGUGAGGCUGUGGUUGAUAGACCUGGUGGGGAGGCAGAUAGCGAGGGGCCUGGGUGUUUGUGUAUGUGGAGGUGUGUUCAUGUGCUGUGUGUGAGAGAGGUGUGGGAUGGUGGUAGGGUGUGGGCUCUGGGUAUCUGCUGUUAUUCUCCCAGAGCCGCCCAGGGGCCAGCCUGGCUCAUCUGGGAGUUUGUGGGCGGCUGUGGAGCCACCGCGCCCCCUGCUGGCAGGCUCCUCCAGGGCCCUGAGCUGUUUACAGGGGAGGCCUCCCUUCCUCUGCCAGGCGGGCCUGAUUUACCGAUCCACCCACCAGGACUUGCCCCAGAAAUGUGUCUGGGACUUCCUGGGAGCACAGAGAGGGGUGGGUGGAUUUUUAGGUUUCUAGUUUUUGUUUGUUGUUUUAUCAGACUCCUUUUUAUAAAGCAAUAAAUCAGUUUUCCUCCUGUUAGGGUUGUCCCUGCUCGCACAUCAGUUAAGGGCUACACAUGCCUGUUUUGAGCCGGAGGAAGCAAGGCAAGCUUUGCUGCCACUGACCAGCCCCAGUCGUACCCAGUUGCUCACAAUCUCUCCCGACGAUUGCCAGCUUGGGAGGGGAAGGGCUGGGAAAAGACCCCUCCACCCCACCUGGACUUGUGCGGACAUCUUCGAAGGGGACGACCCCCUCCGCUGCUGCUUCUCCCAGCCAAACAGGCUAAUCCUGGCCCCUUCGGUCCCCUGCUCAGCUCUCCUGUCACCGGCCAGCUCUCCUGAGGGCUCCUCCUGAGUUCAGUCCCAGGAGAGCCUCAGACGCAGAGACAGAGGCAGAACACGGUGGGGGGCAUGGACAGAGAGCAGGAAGGGGCAGAUCCAGGCCCAAAUUCGAGGUCUGUGUCAACAGUUAAGCAUCUUGAACACGCCUUCCUAGCUGAAGCCACUCAAAUAUUAACAAAACCAAAAAUGUUUGUUUAUAACUUGGAGUAGUGAACACACAGAUGAUGUAUUACAGACUUGUACACCUGAAACCUACACGAUUUUAUGAACCAAUGUCACCCCAAUAAAUUCAAUUACAAAACAUUUGUUUAAAACAUAUUUUAAACCCUGGCCAGGUAGCUCAGUUGGUUAGAGCAUCAUCCCCAUACACCAAGGUUGGGGGUUCAAUCUCUGGUCAGGGCCCAUACAAGAAUCAACCAAUGAGUGCAUGGAUGGCUGGAACAACAAAUUGAUAUUCCUCCCCACCCCCACCCCCACCUGUACCCCCUUCUCUCUCUCAAAUCAGUAAAUAAAUUUUUUAAGCAUAUGUUUUUAAAAAAGAGAACAAGAUCAACAUUUCCCAAAACUUUCCUCAGAACGCUCAUUAUGUGAGGUUUAAUGGUUAUGCUAAAUUUUUUUAAAAGCUUUGUAGUCAAAUUUGGGGAAUGCUGAGUUCAAGUCAGGCAUGUUUUUUUGCAGCAAGCACUUGCAGCACUCUUUGGCAUGCUCAUGGACUCCGUGGCCCUCCAAGAGGGAGGGUGGUAUGCUGUGCGGGGAGGCGUGGCUUUAACAGUCCGAGAGCCGUCCUCCACGUGUGGCCCAAUGGAGCUCCUUGGUGUUUGUUGAACAUAUAAACUGUAGGUCUUGCCUUUGACGUAGAGGGACUCUGGAGCCUAGAUUUUGCUAAGCCCCACCUGGUGAUUCUGGUGCCUCCCCAAAGUUUGAGAUCCACUGACAGAGGCGUACAGUUUGGGGAAAUGUGGAUUAGCAAGGAUCCUUCAGCUGGGAAAACAUGAGGUUACAGACAAGAUCUGUGCUGUCCCUGGAGCACCCAAAGUAGGGGCUGCUGCCUCUCUCCCACCCACCCGCAGGGUGUGGGCACUUUGCGGGAAGAAGGAGGCAUUGACAAAUGAGUUCAGGGUGCAAAUCCGUGUAGGGCCCACAGUGCAUAGGGACUGGAGGUAUGAAAUGGGAGCAGGGUACCACAUGGGUCGGCCACCACCUGCACCCGAAUCCGCCAGUCAUUCUCUGACUAUACAGGAGUGAUGGGUGAUCAUCAUUGAAUCAUGCAAGAGUUAAAUGGAUCAUAUUUCUGUUUCACAGUUUUAAAAAACUGAGGCCCGGGGAGGUGGAGUGAUCUGUACAAGAUUAGAGCCAGGACUUGCUUAUGGGCCUGAACAUCAUUGGAGUGACC